AUGGAUCAACAGGACAUGCCCGCCGCAGCAAGCGUGAUCCAAUUCACUGUACAUGCAAGCAAGACCGCCGGCUCGGGAUUGGCCAGACGCGGCACGCUUCGUCUUCCUGUCCCGAGCACGUCGACGAUCGCUCCGGCACCAAUGGAGCAAGCCACGCCCUCCCUCAUCUUUCAGAGCCGGCUUGCGUUCUUGCCCCAUCUUACACCGGCACAUGUAGCCCUACUACACGAGCCACCCUGCAUCUGCGUAGCUCUUGAGCACUUACUGGCAUCGGAUGUGAAGCCGCAGCGAGAGCUACCCGACGGACUGCAUCGCUCGUUCGGCUACGACGAGACGAAACACGCAAUCUUGCUCUCUGCGCGAGAACCAGGCUCGACGGCCAGCCUGGCGACCAAUCCGGCUGACCAUCUGACGCUUCAGACACCGCGAGGCGUGCGCAAGCAUACCCUGAGGGACUAUGCGCGCGACGUGAUCGCAAAGAGGCCCAGCAUAUACCUGUUGCCAUCAGACGACCCGUCUCAUCUCGAUCCGUCUAUCAAGCGUACGCGGUCUGCCAUCGCAAGAACACAGUCCUACUUCGAGCAGCUCGCUUCACUAGACGACCUGAGGCCGAUACUGGGAAAUGCGUUCUUUCAGCUAGGAGGCAAUCGAAGCCAAAGUCUCCGCAAGCUCGCAACCCACUCUUUCUUGGAAUGUGUAGACGAGCGGAAGCUGUCAGUUGGCGGCAUAGCAGUACCACUGCUACCAUUGCGUCGUGGCGAUGAUCCGACGCGUAAAAGCUACUCGCAAGCAACAGUCAGACAAACGAACAUGAUGCCCACUCACACCGUGGCGUCAGACAGCGUUCGAGCAGAUACAGAGGUCGAAGAACUUGUGCAACUAGUCAAUGCUUCUCUGAACGGCACGUCAGAGAGAUUGCCAAGGAUGCUGCUCAAUCCCGAGGGGCCUCACGAAAUCCUGUGUCUGAUCAUCGAGACGGGCAGCGAUCUCUUUCUGGACGACUGGGCAUCCCGCAUGGCGAGCUUGGGCGUGGCACUCGACUUUGACUUUCCUGCACCUGCAAACUUGACAGAAGCAGCUGUAGGCCUCAAUUUGUUCGAUGACGAGUAUUCGCUCGCCUUCACACCUCUGUCGCACAGCAGUCUCGGGCAAGAUGACGGGCGGACCACGAGAGCUUACGUGCACCAUCUGUUGCAUACGCAUGAGAUGACAGCUCACGUCUUGCUAUCGCUUCACAAUCUCUCAGUCAUGCAAUGCUUCAUGGCAAACGUUCGGCACGCUAUCGAAACUGGAACUCUCCUGUCAGAGGCUCAAAGCUUCUCACGAGCCUACUCGGCUUCAUACGACUUCGUCAUCAAAGCAGAAGCAGGCUUCGAUGCAGUGCACAAAGUUCGCGGCAAAGGCAGAGAUAGAGCGGGAAAGUAA